GAGACCUUGAUUUCCACCAAUCCCCGGGCGUUUGUCUGCGAAGUCCGGGGCGCAGCGGAAGGCUGCGGCGCGCCGCUGAAUUAACUGAUGAGAGCGAGUUCUUUUCUUCUACGGGAGGGGUGGGGAGCGAGGGUCCUGCCGGGCAAGGCGGAGGAACCCGGGGCAGGAUAGCGGUCCCGGGCCGCGGUGGAAAUUUCCAAGGACUUGGCGCGGCGCGGAGAGCGCGUCUGGGGGGUGCCGGGCGGUGCAGCAGCGCGGGAGGCGGGGAGAGGCAGCGAAGGGCGCAGGAGCAUCUCUCAGAAGGGGACGCCGCGGACCAGUUGUCUGGGAGGGAGCCGAGCCUCUCCCCGGACCCGCGCCGAGGGCGACAGUGAUGCUGCAGAACCGGCGGGAGCGACUCGCCGCGGCCGCUCUCUGCGCUCUUGGAGACCCCAGAGCCCGCCUUCUGCAGGGGAAGCGACCAUGACCAGAGCUCGUGACUCGCCCCCCGGCCACUUCCCCUAGGAAGAAACCCUUGAAAAAGUUGCAUUUAAAAAAAUCCUUGCGCUGACCUUUGGGGCCGUGGGGGCCGAAGAAACGUACGUGCGAGUGCGAACAAGAGAGCGAAAGGUGUGUGUGCAUGGGGGGCCGGCGGUGGGGGGGCCCUCCACUGCCACUUCGCCUAACGCUGUGCUGAGGCCGCCCCCGGGACUCCGGGGCUGCGAUGAGCCCCUGCAGGCGGGCCCGGCGACACACGUCCAGAGGGGCCAUGGCAGUACUGGCGUGGAAGUUCCCGCGGACCCGGCUACCGGUGGGAGCCAGUGCCCUUUGCGUCGUGGUCCUCUGUUGGCUGUACAUCUUCCCGGUCUACCGGCUGCCCAACGAGAAGGAGAUCGUACAAGGGGUGCUGCAACAGGGCACGGCGUGGAGAAGGAACCAGACGGCAGCGAGAGUCUUCAGGAAACAGAUGGAAGACUGCUGUGACCCCGCCCAUCUCUUUGCUAUGACUAAAAUGAAUUCCCCCAUGGGGAAGAGCAUGUGGUACGAUGGGGAGUUUUUAUACUCAUUCACCAUUGACAAUUCAACUUAUUCUCUCUUCCCCCAGGCAACCCCAUUCCAGCUGCCCUUGAAGAAAUGCGCGGUGGUGGGAAAUGGUGGGAUUCUGAAGAAGAGUGGCUGUGGCCGUCAAAUAGAUGAAGCAAAUUUUGUCAUGCGAUGCAAUCUUCCUCCUUUGUCAAGUGAGUACACAAAAGAUGUUGGGUCCAGAAGUCAUUUAGUGACAGCUAACCCCAGCAUAAUUCGGCAAAGGUUUCAGAAUCUGCUGUGGUCCAGAAAGACGUUCGUGGACAACAUGAAGAUCUAUAACCACAGUUACAUCUACAUGCCUGCCUUUUCUAUGAAGACGGGAACAGAGCCAUCUCUCCGGGUUUAUUACACACUGUCAGAUGUUGGUGCCAAUCAAACAGUGCUCUUUGCCAACCCCAACUUUCUGCGUAGCAUUGGAAAGUUCUGGAAAAGUAGGGGAAUCCAUGCCAAGCGCCUGUCCACAGGACUCUUUCUGGUGAGUGCGGCUCUGGGCCUCUGUGAAGAGGUAGCUAUCUAUGGUUUCUGGCCCUUCUCUGUGAAUAUGCAUGAGCAGCCCAUCAGCCACCACUACUAUGAUAAUGUCUUGCCCUUUUCUGGCUUCCAUGCCAUGCCAGAGGAAUUUCUCCAGCUCUGGUAUCUUCAUAAAAUCGGUGCACUGAGAAUGCAGCUAGACCCAUGUGAAGACACUUCACUCCAGCCCACUUCCUAGGGACCAUGGAAAAAGAAAGAACUGACACAGGGUAUUUUUGUUAGGUUUUCUACAUGACUCCAAAAGGAAAUGGUCAUUUCAUGGAUUCACAUGGGCCACUUGGAAAAACAAGACAAAACAAAAACAAAACAACUACAAAAACCCAAGAGAAACUCUACUUGCGAUGUUGGCUUGGAGGACAAAUAAGAAAUGAAAAACCUAUGAAAUAUUUUGUAGCACAUUGUGGAUUUGCAACCAGUAACAUGCCGAUGAGAUGAUGUUGGUAAAGCACAUUUAGGUGGUUCAAGUCUAGCAGUUCACGAACAAGACAGAACUCUAGUUGUUGAAGCUGAGGAAUUAAGGUAGAAUAAAGGAAAUGCCAGGGCAAAGUGUUACUGAUUAUCAACACAAUCUGGCUUUAGGAAAAAAACCUAUCAUAUCUUAGAACCAUAGGUUUUUUAAAAAUGAUUAUUUAUUUUUGCCCUAUUUAGGGGCAGUGAGUGGGUGAUGAGGUAGAUUUAAAAAAAAUCUCUUACUGAGUAAUAAAGAUACAAAACACUACAGCUAAUUAUUGUGAUUUGUUGAACCAUGUCUAUGUUAACUCUAGUCUCCUUCCAUUUAAAAAAAUGUUAAAUAAGAAUUGCUUCCUCCCCUUUUGUCAAGUCUAGUUAGACGAUGUGAAGCGUUAUUGAAUUUAGACUGUGUUGAUUCAUAGUCUGGAUCACAUGAGCCACUUUCCCUCCUUCUCAGAAUUGAGGACAUAAACUCAAUUUUAGGUCUGCAUUAUUUAAGCCUGUUUGUAUUAUUAUGUUACUUUAGUGCAAGAAGACUACAGAUGUGAGUGCAUUAUUUAUUUGCAAACUGGCAUAAUUAUCUUCAUAAUUUAAAGUAAAGCACGAUGAUGUAAAGUUUCGUCUGGAAACAGAUUGGAAGGCACAUCCCUUUUCUCUCUACCAUGGUAUAUUCACUACAAGAUACAUGCACACAGAUAAAACAUAUGUAUUCAUGUACACACACACUCACACAUACACACAGUUAAACAAAGCUCAUUCCCAUGCAACUACGAAAGCUGAACCCACGUGACGGAGUAUGGCCAAAAUCUGUAAGUGCUGUCGAAGAGCUACCCACUACCCACUACCCCUUGAUGUAAGACAAGCCAGCUUACUGGUUACUGCUCCUGAUGCUCACACCAGCACGACCCCCAGGCGCUUACCCGAAAUGAGCAGAAUUGUUUUACUCAUUCUGACUCUCCCUAACAUCUCAUGGAUGGACGCACACGCAUGGUUCAUACAAGUAAAGGGAUGUGAACUCAUCGAUGUUGAUUCCCUUGGUAGUAGCAGGUUAGGCUGCUUAGAAAGCCUUUUACACAAGCUUUGACACCCUGCAAACAAACUCUACUGACAGAUUACAAGCAGUUAAAUGUGUUUACAUGUGCAAGGAGGGGAAGGGAAGCCUCUCACUGUUUUUGUGCUUUGGAACGCCUUAAUCUAAAAGGAGACACUGGAAAGCACUAUUUUUAUUCUUUUAAAUGUCACCAAAAUGGAGGUAAAACUAUGUCAAAAAGUUCUGCUUCAUUUUUAAUGGUAGAAACUUAGUCUACCAUAUAAAUUAAAGCAGGUGGCAAUUUUUGGUGGGUUCAUUUAAAAGACAUUGAGACAACAAAGCCCUUGGAAAAAUUCUGUAUCAUCACCAGAAAAGGCAAUGUCUAAGUAAGAUUAAAUUUCGAGGUUAUUACAGAAAUCAGCAGUUAAAAAAUGACUGCUUGGCAUAACACAGAUUAUACUGAUGCUUGGAAAGUUAAGAAUUUGAGAGUACUGAUUCUGUACAGAACUGAUUUGUUAUUUUGAUCCUGUAUGGCGGGAGAAAUGUAAUGAGAAUGUACUACGAGUGAGCUGUGUUAAAUACACACUAUAUGUGAAGCCCUAAACCUAUUUCCUUUUUAGAGCCAUUGUUAUUAUUUAAUAAUUACCUUAAAAAGGAAUACAUUCUAACCUAUACACUUCAUCAAAGAUGUAAAAGGGCUAAUGAAACACACACAAAUUGGUACUUUAACUGAUAAAAUUGUUAAAAUGUAACUAGAAGAGCUCCAUAAAGCCCGUGCGUCACAGUCCACUGGAGCUGCUAGUUGGAAAUUUAACAUCUUGCUAGGAUUUCUGGGAUAGAUUUAUACAAUAAACUGUGCAAUUUUUAGACUAUUAAUUUGUGGCUUCUGAAAGGCAGAACAGAAAUGGCCCAAGAUGAUAAUGUUUAAUUAGACCAAUACUACUCACUGGGGUGGUUCCCCUCCCCUCGGUGGUGGCAUUUGGCAGUGUGUGGAGACAUUUUUGAUUGUUGUGGUUGGGAGGGUGCUCCUGGCAUCUAGUGGACAGAGGCCAAGAAUCUUGCUAAACAUCCUGGAGUGGAGAGGUCAGCCCCUCACAGGGAAGAAUUUCCCAGUCUAAAAUAUUAAUAGUGUCUAAGGUUGAGAAACCCUGGAUUAGACCAGAAGAAUGCUUUGAUUGCCCCAAAUUGUCUUCACUUAAGGAUACCCAUACAUGCGCACAUCAUUUGAAAUAUGACUACAAUUGAAUGAAAGUGGUUUCUUAGAGUAGAUUGCAGUUGGCAUUAUUGUAUAUUGACUCAUAGGUAUGCCAUACAUACUUCCUUUUUCAUGGUUAGAUGUAUCUAAACUAGGAGUGCGACUGUCUGUGUGUGUGUGUGUGUGCGUGUGUGUGUGUGUAUACACUUGGGUGUUGUAGCAUAAAGUUAUGCAUAUCUAUCCUUAUUGAAAUAUAUGUGUUCCUAAGUGAGGAUCUCUCCAGAAUUAUCUUGCAGGGUAGACUGGAAUACUCUAUUACUGUUAAGAAUUUGAAUUCUAAGCACCUAUUAUUUUAUUCUGUUUAUCUGAAAUUGGGUCUCAUACUUUGCCAAAUUUGGUCAAUUACAUUUUAAUACUACUGACCCCUCAGAUUAGCUCGGAAGAUAUUCAGAUUAUGGUAGACAGCUCAGUAGGAAAAUAUUUCGUUGCUUUCAAUGCACCUGCCAGGAGAGGGCAUCACCCUCUAACAGCGGUCUAAUUUUUAAAUUGCUUUUUAUUGACAAAAAUUAGCUUGCUCCACGGGGGCAAAAAAGGGGGUGAGGAAACUGAACAUGGGUACCUGAUAUGAUUUUUACCUUUUAUCAGCUCCAUCAGCCCCAGUUUGAGAAUUGCGUUGAUGCUAAGGGUCAUGAGUAAGGGUGACCUCUGUUUAAUUUUAAUUACACUAGAGUAAAAUUAAGAUAGGUGAAGGAUUAAGUCAUUCUCUAAGAUAGAAAAGGGAUUUUUUUGUAUGAAAGAUUGUUAUAUGGAAGAGGACAGUGGAUACAUAUGUGUUAAGUAGAGUGUUUGACCAACAGUUUAUAUAGCACUGUGCAUCUGAACUGCAACCAACACAUGAAGUUGACCAGUGCCCAUGGGAUUUUGUUUCUAUAUAGUUCACUUUUAUUUUAACAAGGUGAAUAUUCCAAAACGAUACAAAUGACACCAGAUUUGUGUAGCUAUUCAGACAAUACCUGUUUGGCUUUGUGAUGUCUCAAGUCCUUCUCUUGGCUACAAACUUUGUUUAGGUUAUAUGUAACUUGUGCCUAGAGCAGUGGGCAACAUAGCUUCACAAUCUGCAUGGAAAAUAAUGGAAGAAGUCCCUGGAUUCCGAAUUUGACAAAAAUAUUCUUAGAUUAGUCAGAAGGUUUACGGAAGUAUUAGAGAUGAUUCCCAAAUAGAAAAAAAUAUCAAGAACAUUUCUUGUCAGCAACUAUCACAUUUUUUAUAAUUGUAUUAUACAGCUUUCUAUUUCUUUGAAGAAUCAGUCAUCUGUAAUUUUGAUUUUUAUGUUUAAAAAUAGUGGCUUUUAACUGACAAAUCCUUGUUAGGAGGGACCUAAAAAGAAAAAACAUCACAGUCCACCAAAAACUUGAAGGAAUUCUGAUUGUGUUGUACAAAAGCGUUACCACCAGAACCAGGUGAUAAUAUCUGCUCCGUUUAUAGAGUUCCAGGGAUCAAGAGCUGUUAAGGCUGUGAGAACCCAAGGACAAAUAUGUGGAGGCAUAAGGACUGAGAGCAAUACUGUGCUUUUUAUUUAUUUCUUCGUCUUCCCAGUGUGGAGGUCGGCUCUCAGAUUAUGACUUUCAGUGAGCACACAUCAGGAAGUGGGUAAACAACAAGGCACCUGGAACUUAGGUCAAGCCUCUAGCAAAGUCUGUAGUUAAGUAUAACUAAAUAUGACCAGCGAUUUGGGUCUCCAUGCCAGGGAGAGGAUGAAGCAAGUGGAAGGCAGGAGAAAACCCUACUCCCAAGCUCUCAGAGGACAUAAGAGUCAGAGAAGUCUGUGCCCUUGACCUUGGCUUUCCAGCACUGUCUGUUUCUAUCUGCUACGAGGGAAGCUGGCCUGUCUCUGGGGGCAAGCUGGUAGCCUUGUGACUGGAGACAUGGUGUGGAAAUUUGCUGAGAAGCUUAAAAUUUUACACUGCCUUGCACAGUUGUUUUUUUUUUUUUUUUUUUUAAUUUGUGCUCUCUAAAUUUGGGUGUCCUGUGACAGAAUUCUGGUCGCCCUGACCUAAUUAUAGCCCUGCCAGUGAUGAUUAAAAAUGGAGCUUUUUUUCCCACUCAGAUGAAUUUUCUGAGUUCUUGAAGCUAGGGAGAUAUCAAAUAUAGUUGACCCUUGAAAGACACAGGUGAGAAUUGCACGGGUCUGCUUAUACACGGAUUUUUUUUUUUUUUACAAAUAUAGUGCAGUACUGUAAAUGUAUUUUCUUAAUGAGUUUCUUAAUAACAUUUUCUUUUCUCUAGCUUACUUCAUUCUGAGAAUACAGUAUAUAAGCUUUGACAAAUAACUUACAAAAUAUGUGCUAAUCGACUGUUGCUGUGGUUGAUAAGGCUUCCGGUCAAUAAUAGGCAUAGUAGUUAUGGACUAGUUAUGUUUCGGGGGAGUCAAAAGUUAUAUGCAGAUUUGUGACUGCAUGGCGGUGUUGACGCCCCUGAUCCCCACGUUGGAGUGGACCGUGUUCCAUCAGUUCUUAUAUAGUCUCUUUAAAAGCCAGGGAGAGUGAUCCAAAAGAAUCCGGAAGCCUAGAAUGUUUGUUUAGGACUCCUAACAUGGGGGCAGAAUGUUUAAUUUGAGCACUGUGAAGAUUCCUAUCUUGUGAGUGGAAAGAGACUUGCAUGAAGCUACAAUUGCUGUAGCCUUUUUUCUUCCUAUCCUAAGGAACUGGAUCCUGUUGCCUUUAACCUCAGCCGAGGCCUGUCUCUUGCAUUCUUUACAUACCUCCUAGAGAUGAAAGAUUGAAACAAGUCAUGAAAGGAAAGCUCAUUCAAACAUAAGACAACCUCUGCUCAUCAUCACAAUAAGGAAAAACGACAUGUUUCUGUCUCCUUCCUUUGGUUUUCUUCUUUCUGAUGCCAACAUUUCUGAUUUAUUCUCUAACAAAUAAGGAGUAAAUAACUUAUUAUAAAUUGACAUAUAAUAAUACCUGUGAACAUUUGUGCAAUAACCAAAGCCCACAGCUCUAACUUUUUUAAAGCACGAGAGAGGAAUUAUAUUUUGUUCAUGGUCAUUUAUGUGCCUACCUCCUCUGUGUUCUUACUGAUCUCUGCAUUGUGCUAAAAUCCUUUCUCAUUUUGCUUUCCUGUUAAAGCUGUAGGAUAUAAUCAAUGAUGCAAAGCUAUCUGGGAGUUUUAUAGAAUAAUAUUCAAAUAUAUUGAUCAUGUCUCUUUCUGCUUCUAUAUAAUUAGAUUUUCCCCAGUUAUUUGUCAUUUUAAAAGCGUGUGUUUCACAUGAUACUGAUAAACAUCUAAGAGAUAUGAGUUUAUCCAGGGCAGAGAAAAUUGGCAGUCAGAUAUGUCUGUUUUUCUCUGCAUCAUGAGCGAAAUGGAAAAUUGUAAUAAAAAAGGGUUUAAGCAAAAUGAAAAAGAGAAAGAUAAAAUCAGGAUUUUAAUUGUGAAGGACCCCUGGGAGAGAUCUUAGUAGGAAGCUAAGCACAGAGCUCAGAGGCUGUUGUCCUUGAGUGCAGUCCCAAGAAUAGAACCUUUCAAAACAUUUUAAAGGAAAUAUAUUGUUAUGCAGUUGUUAUGGCUCAUGAUGAAAAGACGCUAGAGGAAGCAAUGUGAGAGCCAGAUGGUGAGACACUUAGGGAAGAAAAUGGAAGUUCAGCACCAGUUUACCUACUUGGGCCCUCCUGCUCCCCGCCUCCAAGUCGUGCUUUCUUGGUGUCUGUGCUGGGAUAUGCAAACACUGCCAUUUUCAUAGCCCCUUUUUAUCUCCACUUUGACGCAUACACAAGAUUAUUAUUUAAAUCUCCUGUCAUCAUGAGGCAGCGAGAGUAGGAAGUGUCACUUUGAACUUGACCCUUUGAAACAUGGUCACCAUAUGCUAUGCCAAGUGACAGUUGGGAAGAUUUAGAUGUGUUUUCUCCCCUCUGCUCUAGUGUAAACACACACACACACACACACACACACACACACACACCCUGCAUUGUUUAUGCCCAUUGAAAAGAGAAAAAUGGCUGACCAGGUGGGGGUGGAAGAGGGUGCCUUAACUUUUUCUGACUUGGCUCCCCCUUCUUUCUGUAUUUCCUUCCUGUACCCCUGUCACUUCAGAGGUGUAGCCAUGUCUGUUCCAAGUUGUAUCAUUACCAUCAGCAAGAACUCUUAUAAAUGUAGUGAAUGUGACUAUUUUAUAUAAAUGCACAGUAGUAUAUAGGCCUUGGAGACGUCUGAUAACAGUAUGUAAAUAUCCUUUGUUGAAGUAGAAUCUUCUCAGAGAGCUCCUUAGGUGAUAGCGACAGGAAAACUAAAUGAUUAGGUUAAAAAUGUCCGUUUCUUCCAGCAAACACUAGCAUUCAUGGAAGCAAGGAAACAGUUUGUUUCUGUUUCUCAUCACUCUUAAGCACCAAUUCUUUCGGCUUUCUUAUCCAUAAGUUACCAUAGACAUCCCUCUCAUACAGGAUUCACAAUUUGUGGUGACUGAUGGUCACAGGGGUACAUCAGAAUCAGAGACACUAGAGGGAAGGGGAGAGAACAGACAAGGAGAAGCUCCAUUGAAAAGCUCGUUUAAUUUUUUUUAAGUCUGGAAUAUUAUUAGAAUUCUAGUUACCACAUAGCAAAGUUGGUCUGAAAAGCUUUGAAAAAACAAAAGUUGCUCGUUGGUCUCUUUAACUUGAUGAUUGCACCUUCUGUAUCAUUCCACAUGUGUGCAAGCUGUUUUUCAGCUAAUUUGCAGACUGGAGGUAAGGAGAAAAAUAGAAAAAUUCAAAUAUUCUUUCUCAUGCAGUGUAGUUUGACUACCAGUCCAUGGAUGCAAUAAUUCUGGAAAAGACUUUUUAGAUAAAAAAUAAAAUAAAAUAAAAUUGAAAUCACCUUUGAAGUAUAUAUGGAAUUACUUUUUCCUAAUAAGGCUAAAUUCCAUUGGCAGGCGGUGUGGGGGAAAAUCAAUGCUCUUCAUUUCUUCUUUCUUUCUUUUUUUUUUUAAGUUUCAUAUAAAAUGUAGCAGGUAAGAAAAAACCUUAAUUGGUACUUUUUAUAGUGUGACUUGAAAAAACAGUAUCUGUCUUGGUUGGUUCUGCUGAGUGGUUUCUACAGAAUCUAAAUGCAAUGUCAUAGGAGGAGGUUUGCUGUAAAAACAUGUCUUUUUCUUUGGUGUGUUCAUUGUAAUUAUGGCUGGUAGUGAGAAGGUUCAGUAAGUCUCAAUUUCUCUACCUCCCUUACUUGGAGAAAAUUUGGAAAUGUACC